AUGCAUCACUCGCAGAGCGACCAAGAUACCAAUCCCAGAAUAUCUCUAGAUCUUGACAAACCCGAGUUCCUCGCUGCUGGCAAAUCAGGAAUUGUUUGCGGGAUUGACGAGGAAAGAAUUCUGAAAGAAUACUAUGGCGAGGAGAACGAUGCUGAUAUUGAGCGUCGCGCGUUUGUCCGCCUCGCCUCACAUCCAAAUAUUGUGAGAUAUCUAGGCGCCACAGAGGAGGGUUCCAUAGUCCUCGAACGCGGACAGCCCUUCGGACAGUGCAUCAACAGACGAAUGCAGAUCAAAUUCCGCUGUGCACAAGACUUCGCUGGUCAAUGGACGCUGCAGAAGGAACGCGAUAUAUGCAUCAAAAUGGGAUAA